AUGGACCAAGAGGAGGCUCCACCGCCUUACUCGGCCGUCGAUCCGUUGCUUGCGCCUACGAACAAUCGCAACGGCAGUUCUUCGGCCUCUCUGCGUGGGAAUGUCUCAGCUUCACAGGAUGCCGGUAGCUCGAGCGCUAAUCAAUCUAGAACGCCCUCGCGCCCGACUGUUGUGCCUACCCACUUUACGUCCGCGGUGACCUACUUUGAGGAACGGCCGGCAGCGGCCUUGGAUGCAAGUCAUGAACUUCUUUACCACCAUAUGACUAUAUACCCCCGCAGCUCAGCAAAAGACUUUCCUCGAAGGCCACGAUGCUGGACCUCAACCGUUGACGAUGUCGCCCAACAGGACUGGGACACUUUCUUGCGAUAUCUAUUUCCGCCGCAAUUAGGUUUGGCUGCUGCCUCACAGCACUUGCCCCGGCAGCUGCGCGCCGAGAUCCAGCGAGAUCGCAAAGAUCGGCCGCAGGAGACAGAUGAACAGCGACAAGCUCGGAUCGCAGCCGUGGUGGACGAAUGGAAUCAAUGUUUUUUCGAGCCACGCGCAGCUCGCAUUGACUUUGUCUAUGUUGGCGAAUCCGAUGCAGCCCCAUCGUCUGCUCUUUGUCCUCGGUGUUACCCAGCUGCGACUAGGGCAACACAGAGUCCUGGGGCUGCUGGGGCUCUAGAUGGUCAACAUGCGACAGACCCGAAUACGCCGUCAUCCGUGCCGGGACAGCAAGCACCGUCGCCGACUGGUUGGCCCGUUCCUCCAAAUCAACACUAUCCUUAUUCCCCGUUGCCGGGUCAUUAUGGACCAUUUGGAGGGUUUCCUCCAUUCCCAGGGCAUGGUGCACCUCCCAAUCAUCAACCUCCUCAAUACUAUCCUCCACCACCGCCGCCCCCGGGUGUUCCACCAUGGCAAUGGAACAACUGGGCUUAUAGCCAGCCGCAAUUCGGUAACUCUGGCACCCAGAAGACUGGUGGUCCCCUCGGAUGGAUCUCAUCACUGACAUCCCAGGCGCAAAAAUACGGUGAGCGUUUCGCCGAACAAGCGCAGCAUUACGGGGACCAAAUUAGUACGCAUGCGAUGAAUUAUGGUCGGCAGGUGGAGGAACAAGCCCUAGCGCAUGGAAGAUGGAUUGAGGAGCAGGCACGACUUCAUGGACGCAAGCAAGGUGCACAGCCAUCUGCCCCAUACACUUACCAGCGACCGUCAUGGAACUCGGGCCAGACCACAGAUACCACGCAAAACACACCGACACCUCCAAAUAACCCAAGCACUCCAGCGCGACCCGAGGGCGAAGACCAAUCAUCCAAUCAAACACCAAACCAGACAAAUCAAAAUGCAAAUUUGAAUCAAAGCCGAGACGAGUCCGAUGAUCAAACCAAGGACACCAAGGCCGACAGCAAAGCUCCCAUCAUUGAUCGCUCCCGCCGUGCCUCCAUAAGCUCCAUCUCUUCCGAAUCCUCAUUCAGCUCUAUCGACUCUCUCUCGACAACUUCUGAUCUCAGCCCUUCGGAUCUAGCAACUGUUCGCACGCAGUUGCAAGACCUACAUGACAGGCACGAUCGCACACUAUACGAUGCAGCCGUCGACCUCCGUCGGCAGUUAGAUGUUCUCCAAGAAUCCCGCCGUGAGGCACGCGCAUCUGGGCGUCAGACUUGGCGCAAUGGUUGGCGCAGACAGCAGCCCAAUGGCUCAGAUAGCACUGAUUGGGGCCGGUGGGAAUCACCCGAGCAACAGGAACGCCAAUCAAACGAGCGCCGCGCCAUGAAAGAAGAGAUGCGAGCCACCAGGAAAGCAUUCCGAGACAUCGUGCGCCGGGCGCGCGAAGAUCAGCGCGAUAGGAAGAGGGCGAAACGGAAUCGUCGGCGGCAGGCGCUGGCCAGCGCGGAGAACAAAGCCAAAGACAAGGCUUCGGUGGAAGUACCGAUGGGCAAUUUGGUGCUCGGAGAUACCCCGAAUCCACGUCCGGUUCGUGUUCAGACUGAACCUGUAUUCUCUCAGCAGUCUCAACAAAAUCUAUCCGCGCGACUCAAUGCAAGCUCGGACCUGAGUGCGCAGAGCGCAGUCAAUACGGCAUCCUCUGCGUCGCAGUCCAGCGUGAACGAAUUCCCAACCGAGCUUCCGGGUAGGAAGGCUAGGCCACAGGACCGGUUUAAAGAGAUGCUGAAACCCCGGAGUGCGAAGAAGCAGCAGAAGCCCGGCUCUGAUUCGACAGAUGGGAAGGAUUCAAAGAAGGACUCCGGUGCUUGA